AUAGGUAAUAAAGAAAAUUACUUCAAAAUCAAUGCCAAUUCCGGACAAGUCGCAACAAACAAAAAAAUUGAUCGAGAAAACUUGGAAGCAGGGGGUAGUACGUCCUUGAGGAUAUCUAUUACUGCCAUGGAGUGUGAUGCACAUGGAAUACCAAUUACUCCUGGGAGUAAUAUUACUGAGUCAACACAGGACACUGUAAUUUAUAUAGAUGAUGUAAAUGAUGAGACACCGACCUUCAAUGAAGAGUCAUUCAGCAUUGUGAUGGAGGAACUGACGAGUCAAGAUAUUUACUUGGAUCUGAUCAUGUUUGUCUUUGACAUGGAUGAGGGGGAUAAUGGCAGCUACACUUUAGCAUCAAGAAAUCCAAACCUAGAAGUAAGUCCUACUGAUGGAAUGCAUAAUACAAGUAUUACUCUCAAGGCUCUCUGGAAAAAUGGUGACACCUUCUUUGACUUCGAAAAUCACAGGAAUGCUGCACUAAACUUUACGAUAGUUGCAGAAGAGAAGAACAACCAUGAACAUCAUAAAUCAGCUAUAGUUUCAAUCACUCUUCUUGAUGUCAACGAUAACAGCCCAAAAUUUAAUAAACCGGUUUAUAGUAACACUCUGGAUGAAGAUGUACCAACUGGAACCUCCAUAGAUACAGUGUCUGCUAAGGAUGAUGACAUAUCUCCUAAUUUUAACACAGAGAGCAUCAGGUAUUUGCUAAAGGAUUGCUUGGCGCUUGACAUCAAUAAUAUUACUGGAGAAGUGACUCUGGCACGUUCCCUGGAUUUUGAGACUAAGCCCGCUGUCACUUGUACUGUGGAGGCUCGGGAUGAACAUGGAAGCAAUACUGGGAACGUGGGCCGCAGUGAAUUCACAAUAAUUGUAGGAGAUGUUGUUGAUGAACCUCCAAUAUUUUUAGGCACACCUAAUAUGAUGGUGAUGGAGAACACGCCUACAACUUCUACCAUUGGAAAAAUUACUGCAAGAGACAAAGAUGCUGGAGCUCAUAUCACCUUUCACAUUGACUGGGAUCAUUCAGAAGCAUUAAAGGAUAACAAUCUUGUUGAUGCAAAAAUUGACAAGUGGUUUACGGUGGAUAAUGAUGAUUCAAUCCCUUUAGAGAACAAAUACUUAGGAGUUUUAAAAGUUGGUCAGGAAACACCGGAUCGGGAAAUAGUAGACACCAUUAAUCUUCAAAUUAAAGCUGUUGAUGAGAACACAGUCGUCAAUAACAACAGCACAACAGGUCAUGUUAAAAUUACUAUUGAGGAUGAGAAUGACUCGCCCCCAGAGUUUGUGGGCUCUUAUGAAGAUCAAACAGUCACGGAAAAUGCAGGAGCUGGAACGAAAAUUCUUACAGUCCGUGCAAAGGAUCCUGACCUCAAUGACAACGUCACAAUCUCUAUUGAAGAUGAAACUCUUGUUCGCCUGAGUCAAGUUACAGAGGAGAAUGGCAUUUUCUCAGCAGACCUUUUUGUGCAAAGUGGCUCAAAAAUUGACAGAGAGGAUAUAGACAGCUUUGACGUUGUUAUAACCAUUACAGAUUUGGCAGAACACACAGACUCUCUAAAGAUUACCAUUAAUGUCAUUGACUUGAAUGAUAACCCUCCUGUAAUGGUAGAAGGAAUAUGUGGAACAACAAUAGAUGUGACAGAAAAUGAGUCAGAGGGAACUUAUGUAACAACAGUUACUGCCACAGAUGCUGACAAGGAAGGUGCUCACAAGCAAAUAGCAUAUUAUUUGCUUAACAAUCAAUGGCAAGAUGAGAAGAGUCUUGUCACACCAUUCUCAGUCGAUAGCUCCUCAGGAAAAGUGGUGGUCUUCUUGGACAAAGAUAGGAAAGUGGAUCGAGAGAUGUAUGAUACCUGGACACUUGUAUUCCGUGCACAUGAUGGCUGUGAAAAGGAUGAAAAUAACUGUACGGUGCUCUCAACUGAAGAUUGCCACAUCUAUAUUAAUGUGUUAGAUGAAAAUGACAACGGUCCAGAAAAUUUUUCUUGGAGCCCAGAAGAUGAUCCUCUUGUUGUGGCCGAGUCUUUGAGGAAGGAUGAAGAAGUGAGGUCAAACAGAUUUGAUAAAAUUUAUCAGUUCUCAGCUAAGGAUAAAGACAUGCCAUACACCAUCAAUUCGUCUAUCACCUUUGAAGUGCAUUCUUUCCGAGCUAAGAAUGAAGAAGAAGAGCUCGAUUGGUUUGUAGCUGAGAGUACAAAUGACACUUGGGCAGGCGAUAUCCAUUACUAUUGCACAUUACGGGCCAAGGUCAACCUGACUCACCAGAGAGGGGAUUAUGUCAUGGUGCUUUUGGCUGAAGAUAAUGGAAUUAGUCCCCAAAAAGGGAAUGUAACUAUCAGCAUGCAGGUGACAGAUGUCAACGACAAUUAUCCACAGUUUCAUUUUGACACCUGUGUUGAUGGUAUACCAACUGUCCACAUGCAAGAGAACAUUUAUAAAUCUGGCGACAGAGUCAAAUGCACCACACAGAAUAAAACUGAUAAUUACCUGAAAUUCCAUGUGACUGAUGAUGAUCUUGGUGACAAUGCUAAAGUCUCUGUGGAUAUUGACUAUGAUGCAUCAACAGUAGAGGGAGCUGAUGACAAAAAUGGCCAGAAGAGAUCGUUCAAGAUUGAUAACACAGGGGAGAACUAUACCUUAAUGGUCUUGGAACAGAUUGACAGGGAGAAAGGAUCAGCAUAUAAUCUAUCUGUGCGUGCAGCUGACAACGGACAACACUCACUACAGAAUUCAUCAGUGAUUCGAGUGAUUAUAUCUAAUGAGUUUGAGUUCCCACCCUACUUUUGCCUGGAAGGAAUGUGUACUCAGAAUAUUUCUAUGGUUGAGAAUGAACCAGAUGUCACUGAAAAAUUUAAGGAAGCAUAUGACGAAGAUAAUAAAAAUCUUCACCCUGGUGAUGCUGACUACGAGGAGGUCUACUAUGAAAUCAUAGGAGGCGACAUCAAUGACUUUGAACUUACAUCAAACACAGAGACAGAACUAAAAUUGAAGGACAAACCUAAAGGCCUUGACCGCGAAGUCACAAGCCAGUACUCUCUAACCAUCAAUGUAUAUAAUCACAAGACGCCUGUAGAUGGGACCUCAAAAGAAAACAACACUCUUCAUGUCACAAUAAUUGUGUUAGAUGUGAAUGAUAAUCCACCAACAUUUGAUGAUGAAGUCACAUUUGCCAGUUUCACAGCAAGUGAUGGUAUGGGCCAAACUAUAUGCACUAUUCAGGCUCAGGAUCUUGACGAGAAUGAAAACUUCACGUACAGUCUGGGAAAUGAUUUUCAGUGGAUGGAGACUGAUAUUACGCCAACCAACCCAUUCAGGGUUGUAGGAGACAACAACGCUGCCAAUCUCAUUCUCAACUUUCUGCCAACUGGCAUGAAUGAAGGGUAUUGCACCUUCACCGUCUAUGUCAAUGAUGCAGUUAAUCACACUGGCACAACAUUGGCUAAAGUUUAUGCAAUUACAAACAUCUUCCAGCUGCCAGUCUACUUUAAGAAUGACCCCAUUGAAGUGAAAGCCAGGCAAAGACAUAUUGAAGGUGUAUUUAAAGAUGUAUAUGGGUACCCAUGUAUUAUUGACAGCAUUGCACAGAGUCAGACUGACUCUGGGGAAAAGAUUGAUGGCCAGACGACUGUUCUCAUGCACUUCAUCAAUAAGGAAACAAACUCACCUGUUGCUGUUUCUGUCAUUCUCGAUGAAACUGACAAUGAUCAGGUUGUUCGCAAACUCGUUAAUGACCUAGAAGAUGUCGACCUCAAUCUGAUGGAAAUUGGAGCUAGGCCUAUACCUGAGGAAAAUAAUGUUCAGCAGCUGCUUAUCUUACAG